GUUGGCACCCACCAAAAGUCCGCCAUUAACGAUCACGUUUUCUUCGUUUGCUCGUGGAAGCAUCUCUGAAAAGCGCCCCAACGUCACACGCGACGAAGAAGACGACAACGACGCCGACACGAAGGAGAAGAAGAACCCACGUCGCGUCACCCUUCCCGAAUCCCUCACCUCCGAGGACACUCCAUGGAACCAUCAACCGCAACUCUUUCGAAACCUCCCUUUGUCUGAAACUCUCUCUCUCUCUCUCUCUCUCUCUCUCUCUCUCUCUCUCCUCUCUCUGUAUUGGCUUCCAAAACCCUCGCCGACCCAAUGGCCGUCUUGAAGGGACUCUUGCUCGCGAGAGCCUCGAUGGUCGCGCGAGGUCUCUGCUCCUCCUCCUCGACCGUGAGCUCCGGGUUCGAGCUCAGAUCGGCCCCGAGCUUUGCCUCCAAGCAGCUCCCGCUGCAGCGGAGUCCUACGGGGAGGAAUUACCAGUGGGUCUUCCUCGGCUGCCCCGGCGUCGGCAAGGGAACCUACGCCUCGCGGCUGUCGAAUCUCAUCGGCGUCCCUCACAUAGCCACAGGCGACCUCGUCCGAGACGAGCUCGCCUCCUCUGGUCCGCUGUCUUCGCAGCUUGCAGAGAUCGUAAACCAAGGGAAAUUGGUUUCAGAUGAAAUAAUUAUAGAUUUAUUGGCGAAACGUCUUGAAGCUGGAGAAGCGAAGGGUGAGACUGGAUUCAUACUUGAUGGCUUCCCUCGGACUGUAAGACAGGCGGAGAUAUUGGAAGGAGUAACUGACAUCGACUUAGUGGUCAAUUUAAAGCUCCGUGAAGAAGCUCUACUGGCAAAAUGCCUUGGAAGGAGGAUCUGCAGUCAAUGUGGAGGAAAUUACAACAUUGCCAGUAUUGACAUCAAGGGUGAGAAUGGGCAACCUGGAAUGUAUAUGGCUCCCCUCCUUCCUCCUCCACAGUGUGCAUCGAAGCUGAUCACUCGGUCUGAUGACACUGAAGAAGUUGUAAAGGAACGACUUCGCGUAUACGAUGAGCUGACAAAACCUGUGGAAGAAUUUUAUAGACUGCGUGGCAAGUUAUUAGAGUUUGAUCUACCAGGAGGGAUCCCAGAGUCAUGGCCAAAGCUGCUUCAAGCUUUGAACCUUGGAGACAAUGAUGAUAAAAGAUCUGCAGCAGCAUAAUUUCUAACGUAUUGUAUCCAGAAGAUGGGGAGUUAGUUCAUUCUUUGUAUGCCAAAGAUGUCAUUGCUAUUUAUUUCGAAUGGUACCAUUGGAAUGUAUACACGAUAAGCAUGAGUCUGCCGGAGCAAUUUUGUGUAACCGGUUGCAGGCGAACAUCUCUGGAAUCAUAAUUGUAUUUGGAUGCUAAAGGAUUAACUGUAUAAUUUAUCUAAUUGAUUGAUGAUUCGUUCUCA